AAUAUCCAUCUAUCUUGUGCAAGACUUGGAUAUUGUGUUAAAUUUUCCAAAUGUUAGGCUAUAAUGGAGAUAUAGAGGGAUCAAGAAUGGAUUUCAUAGCAGUGAAUUCAAUCGCUUGUCGACGUUUAACUUUCGAAUUGUUCCGCUUGAACUCAAUGUAUACCCCGGGGUUUCGUCAAGCACGAAUGAAUGAUUCCAUGAUUUGACCGUUAUCUCUUUACCUCUCAUAUUUCAGUGUCCACAUCGUGUUACAGGUAUUUGAUAAAUAAGUUUAUAUAGUUUUGGAUAUUUUAACUGAAUAAGCCAACAACGAGCGACAACAAAGACUAAAUGAGUCAGCACUAGGCAUUACAAAGUUCAGAACAACGGGAUCUUACUAUCUAAUACGCCUACGCAAAAUAUCGGGCAUGGGCUGAUCUCUGGAUUGUCUUAUAUUGGUGACCAUCUCAGAUAAAAUGAACAGUGACAGAACGAUUGUCCAGCUUUUCAAGACGGCAUUUGUUAUAUGCACGGUUCUAACAUUUGGAGUGAUUUUGAACAGUGUUGCAAAGAAAAAAGAUAAAAUAAUUGCAGAACGCGAUCAUCAGACAUUAGUAAGAAUAUCACUAGUGAGGGAAGAAUAUGAAAGGAAGAUUGCGGACAUGAAAAUGAUUUACGAACAGAAAGUACAACAGGUAAUGAAUUUGAUGAAAAAAUCGGCAACGGAAGAACUGGAAAAACAAAAAAACGAAUUAGAAGAAAAAUUUGCGAAGGAAUUGAAAAAUCAGUCAGAAAUUGAAAAUAUCAGAUUACAGUUGAAACGAAUUGCUGAUCAAGAACUAAAUCAAGAACUGAAUCAACAACAAAAUCAAGAAGAAAAGAGUUUAUCAAGUUUGGGGAAAAUCCAGCAACUUCUUUCGAAGAUAAAAUCUCAAAUAUUGCAUCGAGAGAAGGAAUUAAAAACCGAUAAAAAUGGAAAGUAUUCUUACGUUGAAGAUAAAGAAUUACCUAAACAGAUCACUAAUCAGUUAGACAGAAGAAAAAUAGACAGUGAAAAGUAACAUUUUCGAUUGUUUAAAUUUGAAUUCUAAAUGAUGAAGCAUCAGAACGAAGGGAAAGAUACAAAUAGCGAAUAUCUAAAUAGAAAUAACGAUGCAUAACGAUAAUUUAUAUCACACAUUUUAUCUAGUCUGGAUGUGCAUUUCGCCGUUUACGGGCAAAUUUUGCAUCAGAUUUCGUAAACAAACUAAAUUUGCUAUUUCCGUAUGUAGAAGAUUGAAGACGCCUCUCCAAUGCCAGCUUCAUCUCAAUAUUGACAAACGAUCGAAUGAAUAUAUUCCAUCACAAACCCUUUAUCACAUAGAUAUUGCUGAUAUGUUCCUUUUCAUAUUUCCUAUGAAUCAGAAUGUAUCGACCGUAUGGGUGCGCUUCAAUGACCAACCUAGAAGCGCCGAUAACUUUUCUGGGGCAAGGAAUAGUUUCAUCACAAGUAUAUGGGGAAAAUACGUAAAUUAGUUGUUGUUGUUGUUAAAUAAAUUAUUCAAUGAGAGUCUGAGCUACAAAUAUGCAUGCACAAAUAGGCUAUUAAAGAUUCAAGCACUCACUGUAGCUGCUUGGUAUCUUGUUAUAUAUUUCCAUUUUAUUCUUUUUGUAUAUUUUAUACAACACCAUAUCAUUUUCAUAGUUUGAUUUCAAUUUAAUUUUGAAUACGGAAUAUUGCCGCAUUAUAUUUUCUUCAAAAGCAUGCUUAAAAUUGCAAUUUUUGUGAAAAGGUUACGCAAUCGGACCACCCCGAUUGCCGAUAAUCUACAAAGACGAUGUCGAUGGCCACCUUUCGAAAAUAGUCAUGAACUUCUAUUUGCGAAAUUUUUGUUCUAGAUUUUAGAACUUUUAUUAUAACCAUAUAUAUGUGUGAGUUUUGUUCGCGGGCCAUUGCAAUUUCAAUUUAAAUGUAAAAAAAAAUUCUCAGUGUUAUAGAAUUUCACUAUGCUGAAAGUUGACUCGCUUUAUUAUUGAAAGACCGCAUAAAUUAAAAAAAAAACUGCCUAAAAACCCUUCAACCGCUGUAAUAUUAAAUUAUUGCUUAUUAUAGUUCCGUUGACAAAUAAUGUUCUCAAAUCGAAUGACAUCUUGUGAGGUACCGGAUGGACCUUAGUAAUUAUUCAGUCAGUCAGCAAUGUAAAAUGCAAAUAUUCUUGACUGAGAAGUCAGUGUUGAAUUUCUUGGUAUUUAUCUGGUUGCAAUGGUACAUGACAUAUCUAGUAUUUAUCUGUUUUUAUGUUCUAUAAUGUCGCACGAAUAAAAGAUAUAUUUUGCAUCUUU